AUGGCACUCAGGGACAGGACCUUGUUGCUUUUGGAUUCAUUAACGUCCGGCGAGGCGCUCCAGCCCAUCGCCAUCAUCGGCUAUGCGUGUCGGUUGCCUGGCCAGGUCAGCUCUCCCACUGAUCUCUGGGAGCUCUGCACCCGUGGACGAUCUGGCUGGUCACCAAUUCCUAAAGACCGCUUCUCUUUUGAAGCAUACCACCAUGCAAAUCCCUCUAAGACCGGCACCUUCAAUCAGGCAGGAGGUUAUUUCCUUGACCAGGAUCCUGCCCGCUUCGAUGCUCCUUUCUUCAACGUGUCAGCUCAGGAAGCCAUUUCUAUGGACCCGCAGCAACGGCUGCUCUUAGAGUGCUCCUACGAGGCACUCGAGUCUGCUGGGAUCCCCAAGGAAUCACUCUCCGGACGACAAGUCGGCGUGUUCGUCGGCGGAAACGUCGCAGACUACGAGCAGCACAAUGUGCGAGAUGUCGAGACAAUUCCCAUGUACCAAGCAACCGGCUGUGCAACAUCGCUCCAGUCCAACCGCAUCUCCUAUUUCUUCAAUCUUCGAGGUCCAAGUCUCACUGUCGACACUGCCUGCUCCUCAUCUCUUGUUGCUCUUCACUAUGCUGUCCAGAGCUUGCGUAAUGGAGAGUCAAAAGAGGCACUGGUGGCAGGGUGCCGGCUGAAUAUCCUGCCAGACCUUUUUGUCUCCAUGUCUCUAUCACAGUUGUUCAACGAUGACGGCAAAACAUAUGCGUUCGAUGAACGAGCAGUAUCGGGUUUUGCGCGAGGAGAGGGUGCAGGCGUUGUCUUGCUGAAACCACUCGACGCUGCUUUGCGGGACAAAGAUCCGAUUCGGGCUGUCAUUGCAAAUUCUGGCGUUAACCAAGACGGUCGGACGCAGGGAAUCACUUUGCCCAAUGGAAGUGCGCAGGAAGAGUUGAUCCGCCGUGUGUACCAAGAGGCCCAUCUCGAUCCAGCUGAAUGCGGUUUUGUAGAGAUGCACGGCACAGGAACUAAAGUGGGUGAUCCAAUUGAGGCAGCAGCUGCCCAUGCUGCGCUUGGACAUGGCCGCACUCCCAGGAAUCCGCUCUACAUUGGAUCUGUGAAAUCCAAUGUAGGACAUCUGGAGGGCGCAAGUGGAAUCAUCUCGAUUAUCAAAUCAGCCAUGAUGCUGGACCGCCAGCUAGUACUUCCCAAUGCAGAUUUCCGCAAAGCCAACCCAAAUAUCCCCCUUGAUGAAUGGAAUAUGAAGGUUCUCACAUCAACAAGACCAUGGCCCCGGGGCAAGAAAUAUAUCAGCAUUUCUAACUACGGAUUUGGAGGCACCAAUGCGCAUGUAGUCCUCGAGAAAGCACCCGCUGAAGAAACACCAGAAAAAACGGCAGAUUCUGAAACCCAUACUGACCCCAAGCGCAAGUUGAUCUUGAUAUCGGCUAGCGACAAAGAAUCGUUGCAGACCAAAGUCAAAGACUUUGGUGUUUAUUUUGAACAGCGGCCGGAAGUGUUCGAAAAAGCCCUCUUCGGUAACUUUGCUUACACAGUGGGCAACAAGAUGUCCCAUCUUUCAUACAGGAUUGCCCUUUCAGCCACUUCGCUCGAUAACUUGGGUAUACAACUAGCCCAGGCGAAGAUUAACGCGGCCCGUGUUCAAGGGCGCCCAACAAUUGGUUUUGUCUUUACCGGACAGGGUGCCCAGUGGGCUGAGAUGGGUGUUGGCCUCAUCGACGAAUAUCCCGUAUUUGCAGAAUCCCUCAAGCAGGCCGAUCGAGUCCUCCGGGAUCUGGGCGCAGAGUUCUCGCUCAUUGAGGAGCUGCGGAAAGAUCGUGCCGAGUCAAAUAUCAAUUCUCCUCACUUGAGUCAACCCGCCUGUACUGCUCUCCAGAUUGCUCUCGUUAAUCUUUUGGAGUCAUGGUCUAUUCGCCCUACGUCUGUCGUGGGCCAUAGCUCCGGCGAAAUCAGUGCCGCUUAUGCUGCUGGAGUGUAUAACAUGGAGGCAGCGAUGGCUCUUGCCUACCGGCGCGGCCAGAUGACUCAAUUGUUGAAACAAUCGUUUCCUACUCUGAAAGGCACUAUGAUAGCUGUUGGCGCGAGUCCUGAGACAAUUCGGCCUCUGCUUAAGAUGCUCCGUGAAGGUUACGCAACUGUGGCGUGUGUGAACAGCCCCGGUAGUGUGACUGUGUCUGGAGACGUGCCAGCUAUUGACGAGCUGGAGAAGACACUGCAAGAGAGACAAAUCUUCAACAGGCGCUUGAAGAUCGAUGUUGCGUACCACUCUGAUCAUAUGAAGAACGUCUCCACCGAAUAUCUGGCAGCGAUCGCGUCCAUCGAGCCUUCUAUUUCGUCAAAGGCUACAUUUUGUUCAUCAGUCCUUGCCCGGGUCGCAGAGCCUUCUGAACUGGACGCUUCAUAUUGGGUGCAAAAUCUCACAUCUCCAGUAUUGUUUCCGGAUGCUCUAUCUGCACUGGUUGCUGAUGACGCAAAGCCAAAUUUGCUGAUUGAGAUUGGACCGCAUUCCGCUCUGAAGGGUCCUAUCUUAGAAACACUGAAAAACUUGGGCUCGAGCGCCUCGAAGAUUUCCUACAGUCCCACCAUUGUGCGUAAUGCGGACGCAGCGGAAUCGAUUUUGAAUACCGCUGCCGCUGCCUACGUAAGAGGAGCGACUCUGAACAUGACAGAAAUCAACUUCCCCUGCUCGGGAGCCAAGGAUUGUUCUUUCCUGACUGAUCUUCCUCGCUAUCCCUGGCAACAUACAAAUCGGUACUGGCACGAACCUCGCAUUGCUCGGAAGCACAAGACUCGAGAUGGCCCGAGAAGCGACGUUUUGGGCGUCGUAGCAAAUUAUUCGAACGACCUAGAGCCAACAUGGCGAAAUAUUGUCCGUCUAGACGAUAUACCAUGGCUCCGAGAGCAUAAGAUGCAGGGCGUGCCAGUGUACCCCCUUGCUGGCUAUUUGACCAUGGCCCUUGAAGCUGCUCAAAGACUUGCAGCGCAGCGCGGGGUAACAUUCUCCCAGUUCCAAUUGCGUGAAGUCAUCGUCGGAUCUGCACUUGUCCUCAGUGAUGAGUCAGAUGUCGAGACUAUCAUCUCUCUCCGGCGAUACGCCGAAGGAACUAGAGGUUCAUCGGAUAUCUGGGACGAAUUUCGCAUCUACUCGUGGGACACAGAACGUGGCUUUACCGAACAUUGUUCUGGCCUUAUUGCGGUACGACCAGACGCGGACAGCAAUGUUGAUGCCAUUUCCAGUGCCGUGGGGAGCGAGGAAAAGUACAUCCAAGCGCAAAUAUCCAAAGUAGAGCAGGCUUCUACUCAAAGGGUCGAGUCGGAACAUCUUUAUCAAGUGUUAACUGACUUAGGUGCAGGAUAUGGUCCCACUUUCCAAGGACUAGAGAACUGCUUUGCGGAUUCUCAUCAUUCCCUCGCUGAUCUGUACAUCAGGGACACCAAGAGUAUCAUGCCAAAAGGCUUCGAACCAAAGUUGACGAUUCAUCCAGCUUUCCUGGAUGGCUUGCUUCAUCUUGUGUGGCCGAUAUUGGGCCAUGGUAACAUGGACCUGGAUACCCUAUACAUGCCAACUAUGAUCAAGCAUGCAACGAUCAGUAAAGAUGUUCCACACUCACCUGGUGACUAUGUCAAAGUCUACGGAACUGGCAAUCCCAACCUCCCUAUCCCGGAGCCGACUAAUUUCGAUCUUCUGGCACUUCCAGAGAAGUCAACGAAGCCACUGAUCGUGUUGCACGGCCUUGUUAUGACACCAAUCCGGGACUCCGGUGCUGGUAGAAAUGAAGACAUACGGCAGCUAUGUUACAAGUUCCAGUGGCAACCUCUGGAAGAAGCCUUGCCAGCAAACGGAAACGGCGACAUAAAUGGUGCAUCGAUUACGAAUGGCUCCUCUGAUAGCCACAGCCGUGGUGAGGAUACCAACGGCCAUACCUUGCUAUCAAAUGGCAAUGGCACUGCUGAAGCUACACAACAUGAUGUCGUUAUUGUCAAGUUUGGCGACUCUGCUCAGGUCGCUGACGAACUUGCUGAUGUCAUUGGCCAUCUGGCAGAGAGCCGCCCGUCUGUCUUUGGGUUGGGUGAUGUUGUUGACUUCACUGGGAAAAACGUUAUCAUUGUUCAAACACGGGACAGCUCACUACGCCAUCUUACCGGCUAUCUUUUUGACGCUAUCAAGAAUAUUCUGCUUAGUGGCGCCAAUAUACUCUGGGUUUACCGCAGCGACAAGCCAGAUGCGCAGAUGACGGUUGGGCUUACUCGCUCAGUCCGGUCAGAAACUCUGGCAAAAAUCGCGACACUGGGACUUAGUCCGCAAGAUGUUGAUCUGGCAUACGUCCCGAUAAUAGCCGCCAUGGAUGCUCUCUGGCCCAUUGAUGGUUCCGAGCCAACAAAAGACUUGGAGUUCAAGACAGAAAACUCGCAGUUGUUGGUCUUGCGCGCGGUUCCUGACGAUAAUACGAAUGCAUUUGUCCACAACGAAACUAAUGGACAGACACUGACCCUUCAACCUUUCACUCAACAUGGCCGACGAUUCAAAGUUCAAGUACAGAACCCUGGCUCGCUUGAUAGUCUAUACUUUGAAGACGAUAUCGUCACUCCCCUGGGUGACGACCAAGUCGAGAUCGAAGUAAAAGCGACCGGUGUCAACUUUAAGGACGUUGUGGUAUCUAUGGGACAGUUAUCACAACCAUACAUCGGGAUUGAAUGCAGUGGCGUUGUAUCCGCAAUCGGUAAAAACGUCAAGGAAAUCCAGGUUGGCAAACGAGUGAUGGCACUGGUAGAAGGCGGAUAUUCUACUUAUGCGCGAACCCCGAGCACCAGCGUCGUUGAGAUUCCAGAUGAACUGCCGUUCGAGACAGCUGGAACUCUCCCAGUGGUCUUCUGCACAGCGUAUUAUGGCCUCUUCGACCUGGGAAAACUACAGCCCGGUGACCGUGUCUUGAUCCAUGCCGGUGCUGGUGGUGUUGGUCAAGCAGCAAUCAUGCUGGCACAGAUGGCUGGAGCCGAUAUUUAUGUCACUGUGGGCAGUGUGGACAAGAAGGAAUUCUUGAAAACUCACCAUUCCAUCCCCGAGGAUCGAAUUUUCUACAGUCGUAAUGCGUCAUUUGGACCCGCGCUUCGACGAGCAACCAACAAUAAGGGCGUGGAUGUCGUUAUCAACUCUCUCGCAGGUGACCUUCUACGAGAAACCUGGCAAUGCCUCGCUCCAUUUGGGCGUUUCAUUGAGAUUGGAAAGGCAGACAUUACGAAGAACAGCCGCCUAGACAUGUUCCCCUUCGAGUACAACGUCUCAUUCGCGUCUGUUGACCUCACGAAGGUUGCGAAAUACCGUCCGCAGUUGAUGAAGCGUCUUCUUGAAGACAUUUCCACACUCUUUAAGCAGAAAAUCGUGCGGCCCAUCACCCCUCUUACUACAUACGGCAUUUCCGAGCUAGAAACGGCAUUCCGUACACUACAGACAGGGAGGAACAUUGGAAAAUUGGUGGUGGUGCCUCGAGAAGGUGACCAGGUUAAAGCCUUGACGCCCAGAACUGAUUCUGCUCUAUUGAACCCGGAUGCAACCUACAUCCUCAUUGGUGGAACAGGUGGUUUGGGCCGCAGUAUGGCAAAAUGGCUAUCCACCAAGGGGGCGCGAAAUGUUGUUCUAGUUUCACGUUCCGGCAAGAUUGACAGCAAGGUACAAGUUCUAAUCGACGAAUUGGCCAAAAAUGGCACCAAUAUUAUCGUCAAACCCUGUGACGUGAGCCAACAGCAGUCGGUUGAAACCCUCAUCGAUUCUUUGAGCCACCUGCCUCCAAUCCGCGGAGUCGUGCAUGGUGCCAUGGUCCUGAAAGAUAUGCUCUAUGAGAAUAUGACCCUCGAUGACUUCAACGCUGUUGUUUCCAGCAAAGUGGAUGGUGCCUGGAACUUGCACUAUGCUCUUGCUAGAUCGCCACUUGAUUUCUUUAUUGCCCUUUCAUCUGUCGCUGGUGUUGUCGGCAACCGUGGCCAGGCAGCCUACUCGGCAGCGAAUGUAUUCCUCGACGGCUUCAUGGAAUACCGCAAGUCUCGAGGCCUGCCAGGAACUUCUAUUGACCUGGCAGCCGUUAGCGAUGUUGGAUACCUGGCCGAUACUGACCCUUCCCGUCAGAAGGAAGUCCUCAAAAACAUUGGGGGUCAGACCAUCGAUGAAUCAGAGGUCCUAGCCCUUUUAGCAGCUGCUAUUAAGGGUGACCUUGACCGGUCUUGUUCUGGACAAUGUAUCACAGGCCUGGACUUGACCAACUCUAUUGACAGCUUCUGGGCACAUGAUGCUAAGUUCAAGGCCAUACGAGAGGCUGCUGAGGCAUCAGCAGGUACCACCGCCCGUGACGGCGCCGUCGUGCCUCUACACCAAUCUCUCAAAAAGGCAGACUCCAAAGAUACUGCGCACCAGUUGGUCUAUGAAUCGCUCGUCGUUAAACUUUCCGAAGUGUUGGGUAUCUCUGUGGACGACAUGGAUCCCACCGUCACAGUCUCUUCUUUGGGACUCGACUCUCUGGUAGCCAUCGAGAUCAGGAACUGGAUCGCUCGAGAGACAGAGGCGAACGUGCAGGUGCUCGAGCUUCUCUCUUCCGGCUCUCUCGGCUCCUUGGUCGAUAUUGUUCUUCGCAAGUCCAAGAUUAACGGUAACUGGGGUAAAUAG